ACCUCUCCCUGCCGGAGCCGCGGCUCCCGAGCAGCUCCGCGCCGCAAUGUCCUCCAGAUGUUCGCAGCCUCCCUCCCCGCCGAGGGUUCCGCAGGGAGCUGCGCCAGCGAGCGCGAAGUCAGCAAUUGGCCCGAGCCCAUUUCCCAGAUGGGUGAGGGGAAGCUUGCGCUCCGCUUUCGUGGCUCUUUUCAGCCUGGAGCUUCUGGUUCUGUUCCCACGAGUAGCUUAGGGAGUGCAAGACACAUCCUUUCCCUCCCCAACCCAGGACUUCUGAUCACUUUCCUGAGAAUGAGUGCUGCCCCUCUCCCACCUCUCCCUCCAGCCUUCUUGGACCCUUCCUGAGAAGUCUGGUUCCUAGAUCACUAAUUCAAGGGAUGUUAAUGCAUCCCCAGGACAGUGGCGGAUCGUUUAAUAGUUGAGGAAACUGAGGCACAGAGAGAUUUUUUUUUUUAAGGUCACUCUGCUUGUGAGUAAUGGAGGUAAUAUUUAGUGGAUAGGCAUGAUUUUCAUUUGCAUUACCAAUAGGGAAAGCUAGGUGCAGACGCCUUAAAGAUUAGCUCACUAGGGUCAUAUAGCUCUUAGGUGUCAACUCUAGGAUUUAGAUUCAUUGUUAGAAUCUGGGAACCUAAUCUUUCCACUGCACUGCCUCUGGAAUUUGAAAAAAUAGUUCUGAUGUUUACAAUAAGCCAGGCACUGUCCUGUGACUAUUUCAAUGAGAAAAAAAAAAACAUAAAACAAAUUCUUGCUCUCAGGAAGCUUAUAUUUUAGAGGCAGGAGUGGGGCAGUGGGGAGACCACAAGCUAAAUCAAUAUGUAAAUUAUGUACUCAGAUGAAAGAUAAGUGCCACACCAAAAAAAUAAAGCAAGGAAGAUAAGGAGUACCUAAGUUGGGGAAUGUUGCAAUUUAAAAUAGGGUGAUGAGGGAAGGCCUUACUAGGCCUUUGAGCUAAUUCUUACAGAUAGAAGAGAAAAUUAUUGAAGUUAUACCUUAAUGGGGUAUAGAGAUUCCAACACUACCAAGUUGGUCUCUAGAGAUAGGGCUCUGGCACCUGUUUUUCUAAACACCCCUCUCAUUAGAUUCAGUUGCUCAUCAAGUUUUGAAAUUUCUUAUAAUAGGGCUUCUCUCUACUCAGGGUGAGUGCUGUUCCUCUUUUAUUUCCAGGGAGUUGGGGAGUUGGGCAUGAAGUUCUAUAGACUGACUACAAGGUGGUGGAGGGAUAGCUGUGAGAUGACGAGAAAUGGACAGAUCCAAAGAUGAACCUCUUCUUCCUCAUAUGGUGCCAAGAAAGAAGGGAACAAGUGAUUCAUUGGCAGAUAUCUCAGGCUGUCUUAGAUUUUUGGCACCUUAUGUUGCUUCAGAUUAAAAUCUUACAGAAUAUCCUCGCCAAGAAGCAGAAUAAGAGCAGUCUUAGCGGAGCUUUCUUCUGUAAAUCAGGCAAGGUAGGCUUAGGAAACUUUAAAUUGGAGGAUGGCACGAAGAAUCCAGGAACAACGCGGCGGUCCCUUUAAAUAUUGGAAGGGCGGAGUCGUCGUCAGGGACGCGAAUGGGACGCUUGGUUUCCAGGAAGUGACGUCAUAUGGCCGCGGAGAUGGACGAGGAGCUGGACCUGGGCGAGGAGCGGCGUCGCAGCUCGGCCUUCUCUGGGGCCAAGAUGGGUCGCCGAGCUCAAAAGGAUCCAGCUCAGGCUGAGAAUCACUUCAGUGACAGGAAUGCCUCGGUGACUCUGACCGGAGAGGUGUUCGUAGGAACAAAGAGAGAAUUCUAUACUGAGAGAGAAACAAUAGCGCAAGGCAAUAAUAAUGGAUGGCAGUGUCACUUAAAAGCUCCCCCUCCCAAGCCUCCUCGCAGGCUGGGCGGCUGGGCAGAUGAUUCCAUGAAAGCAUCAAAGUUUGGGAGGAAGGUUUCAGAAGAGAUAGAAGACCACCGCCUCAGACGGCACAGCCUGGAUGGAAUGGAUGACGGAGGAGAUAUUCCCAUCAUCCCGGAUCUGGAAGAAGUGCAGGAGGAAGACUUUGUUUUGCAGGUGGCAUCGCCUCCGAGCAUCCAGGUGAACCGGGUGAUGACCUACCGAGACCUGGACAAUGACCUCAUGAAGUACUCGGCCUUUCAGACCUUGGAUGGCGAGAUUGACCUGAAGCUCCUCACCAAAGUGCUGGCGCCAGAGCACGAAGUACGAGAGGACGAUGUUGGUUGGGACUGGGACCAUCUAUACACGGAGGUGUCCUCGGAGCUCCUCACUGAGUGGGACCAGCUGCACACUGAGAAGGAGGACCCCCCAGGACCACCUCGGAACACCUGAACGCAUUACCUCUGCCUCAGACCUGGAGCCAUGCAGUAGGCCUCAAGCCAAGGAAACUUGCAAGCGGAUGAGAAUUUUUAUAUGGGAUAUUUUGUAAUAAAAAUAUUUUCAGCAGACCACAUUGGGUCAUUCACAUGCAAUAAAUGGCUUUAUUCUGUGGA